AUGGACGAGCAAGCGGGGCCCGGCGUUUUCUUCAGCAACAAUAACAAUAAUAACGCCCUGCUUUUGCCGCCGCCGGCGGGCGGGCCGGGACUGGAGCCGGGCGAGGCGGCGGCAGCAGCAGCCGCUGCGGCGGCAGCAGGAGGAGGCGGCGGCGGAGGGGUUUCAGCCUCCGGAGCUGCCGCACCGGUGUCGGCGUCCCGGGCUCAGUACAGCGUACCGGGCAUCCUGCAUUUCCUGCAGCACGAGUGGGGCCGCUUCGAGGCGGAGCGCGCCGAGUGGGAGGCGGAGCGGGCGGAGCUGCAGGCCCAGAUUGCCUUUCUUCAAGGUGAAAGGAAAGGACAAGAAAAUCUGAAGAAGGAUCUAGUGCGAAGAAUCAAAAUGCUGGAAUAUGCGCUUAAACAGGAAAGGGCUAAAUAUCACAAAUUAAAAUAUGGCACAGAAUUGAAUCAGGGAGACAUGAAGCCACCAAACUAUGAUUCUGAUGAAGGGAAUGAGACAGAGAUUCAGCCACAACAGAACAGUCAGCUAAUAUGGAAACAAGGACGACAACUGCUAAGACAGUAUCUACAAGAAGUGGGCUACACUGACACGAUAUUGGAUGUAAAGUCAAAAAGAGUACGAGCUUUAUUGGGCCUCUCAAGUGAUGCUUCAGAGAAGGAAAACAGAAAUCAAGAGCCAAUGGUAAAUGGCACAGAGGGCCAGAUUAAAGAAAACGCAAUGAUUGGGAAACCUGAAUUGACUGACUCUGCCUCUCUGCUAGAGACCUUCAAGUUUCUUGAAAAUGCAGCUGCAGACUUUAGUGAUGAAGAAGAUGAAGAAGAUAUUGAAGGAAGAGAGAAAACAAUCAUUGAUACCGCAACAAUUGUAAGGAAAAGAGUGCUAUCUGACAGCAGUGAAGACAGAGAUACAGAAGAAGCUUUGAAGGAGUUUGACUUUUUGGUUACCUCAGAUGAAGGUGAUGGGGAAUCGAGAAGUUCAGGAGAUGGAACAGAGUGGGAAAAGGAAGACCAGUGUCUCAUGCCUGAAGCUUGGAAUGUCGACCAGGGAGUAAUAACCAAACUCAAGGAACAAUACAAAAAGGAGCGCAAGGGGAAAAAGGGGGUUAAGAGGCCCAACAGGUCAAAGCUGCAAGAUAUGCUUGCAAACUUGAGAGAUGUUGAUGAUCUCCCUUCAUUACAGCCAUCUGUUGCACCUUCUUCUAGGCCCAGUAGCUCAAGGCUCAUUGAACAUGAGAUAAACAGGACGGAUGAAGUGGAAGCUUUAACAUUCCCUCCUUCUUCAGGGAAAUCUUUCAUUAUGGGAACAGAUGAAGCCCUUGAAAGUGAGCUGGGUCUUGGAGAACUGGCAGGCCUUACAGUAGCCAAUGAGGCAGAUUCACUGACUUACGAUAUAGCAAACAAUAAGGAUGCAUUGAGGAAGACUUGGAACCCCAAAUUCACAUUAAGAAGUCACUUUGAUGGAAUAAGAGGUCUUGCUUUUCAUCCGGUUGAACCAGUCUUAAUAACAGCUUCAGAGGACCAUACAUUAAAAAUGUGGAAUUUACAAAAAACAGCCCCAGCAAAAAAGAGUGCUUCUCUUGAUGUAGAGCCAAUAUAUACCUUCAGAGCACAUAAUGGACCAGUGCUCUGUGUGGUGAUGAGCAGUAAUGGUGAACAGUGUUACAGUGGGGGAGCAGAUGGCCUCAUCCAUGGCUGGAAUACAACCAACCCGAACAUCGACCCCUAUGACUCUUAUGAUCCUUCUGUUCUAAGAGGUCCUUUUGUAGGCCAUACAGAUGCAGUGUGGAGUCUGGUUUACAGUGGAGCACACCAGCGUUUGCUGUCCUGUUCAGCGGACGGCACUAUACGUCUAUGGAAAGCUACAGAAAUUGCUCCAGCUCUCAAUAUAUUUAAUGAUAAUCAAGAAAUGGGAAUCCCUUCAUCAGUAGAUCUUGUGAGCAGUGACCCAAGCCUCAUGGUAGCAUCGUUUAACAGUGGACACACUAGCAUUUUUAACAUGGAGACACGGCAACGAAUUCUUACCCUGGAGUCCAGUGUAGAUACUACAGUCAGUUCCUCCUGUCAGAUAAACAGAGUCAUCAGCCAUCCUACUCUUCCAAUUAGUAUCACUGCUCAUGAAGACAGACACAUAAAAUUCUAUGACAACAAUACAGGAAAACUGAUCCACUCCAUGGUAGCUCACUUAGAUGCAGUUACAAGUUUAGCUGUGGAUCCUAAUGGCUUGUAUUUGAUGUCCGGCAGUCAUGACUGUUCGAUUCGCUUGUGGAAUCUUGAAAGCAAGACCUGCAUCCAAGAAUUUACUGCUCAUCGCAAAAAAUUUGAUGAGUCCAUUCAUGAUGUGGCAUUUCACCCCUCCAAAUGUUAUAUUGCCAGUGCAGGAGCAGAUGCCCUGGCUAAAGUGUUUGUAUGACAGAGUGUUUCCCUUUCAACUCUAGCUUUGUAUAUAUUUAACCAGCUGCACAAAAGAGAAGAGGAGGGCGUGAGUCGUCUUAUCCUGCCCUAUAAUUCAGAGAAUGUUUGUAAGUGUUUAGUUUUGCAGGGUGCUGUUUUCUAAAUUGACGUUCGUUCUGGUUUCUGUGAGCUCAGCUGGUGCUGAGAGCUUGGAAACUCUCAGUUUCAAAUAGUUAAAAAACAAAAGAAAUGCUUUUAUUUCAGAGGGUGUGAAUUUUCGUCCAGGCAGGCCUUGGGUGAAACUAGGUCUAUGUAUUCUCUGUUAAUAAAAUGGAGUACUGGAAAGCAGGGGUCUAAUUGCAUCAGGGAGUAGGAAAAGAGGGAAACUUCCUAGGAUACUUCUUAUUGAGGAAUCUUAAUGUACUUAAAAUUAAAUCACCUGGAAAAUGUGUCAGUUCACAUGCUCAUUACUGUGUCAUGUGAGAGGCACUUUGUCAUCCCUUUGGUAUUAAUAAAGUAGAUCUUGUUCAGAGAGCAGUAGCAGAUCGUUAAUUUCAGCCACCUGGCUGCUAGCCUAAGAUAAAUGCUGUUAAAGGAAAGAAAAUUACUAACAUAAAUUAAAAUGCAGUAAAGUUUUUGUUACAUCUUCCAUGUUAAACAGUAAAUAUUUAGUUUGCAAAAAAAUUAUAUAAAUUUUUUUAAAGACUGUAUUAGCAUGUGGCUAGAAGCUGAGCCUUUAGUCUAGUCUCAAUUAACAACAGACUGAAGCAGUCUGUAUAUACUGCAGUAGCAGAUUUAACUUAUUCAGAUUUAUAAUGCUGUUUAUUCUUGGCAGUCUGGCACAAGAAAUUAUCACAAAGCUUUCCAAAGAAGCUGUCCUACAAUUUAACUAUCAAACAUUCAUCUCCUCUUUCUGUUCCUGCUAAAAAGGGUAUCAUUCUGGGCAUUAAGGAUAACAGUGAAAUACUUCUUUUGAAGAUUAAACCUAUACCUGAUGUUUUGUAUGAGUCCUACUAGUGCAAUAGGUGGGAACUAUACAAAGUUCCAUCAGUUUCAGAGAUUCUGCUACUUCUAGAGGUAUUUCCCAACUUCACCAUUUGUGGAACUUUUAAACUUCUCUGCUUCACUGGGCAUAUCGUGUCAUUGAUUAGGUUACCUGAAGAAUGAGUGCUUCCUGUAAUUACUCAACAGAUGUGCUUUGUUUAUCUAUUCAGAGCUUCUCUGUUGAUUUGAAUGACAAAUAACUUUUAAUUCAAUGUUUUAGUCUUUUUAUCCCUUCUUAAAGGAAGGUGAGUGGAUUCUUUUCUAUUAUGCAUCAUCAUCAGGGUUAUUACUGGUCAUAAGCCUGAAGUUGGUGUUUACCUCUAAUGGGAAUGGAAGGAUGAACUUCUGCUGGAGAUGAGUUCUGGUGCUGAUGUGAAUAGGAAAGAACCCAAUGCAACUCUUCCACAUAGCAGCCUGAGGUUAAGACUGGAAACUGAUAAAUAAAUCUUUACCUUUAAACUGACACUUUUAUAAAAAGGAAUCAUUGAAAGAUAUCAACAUAGGGUUGGACUGUGUUGUUUUCAGAGUGGCAUUUGGGGAUGGGACCACAUUUGAAGCUGAUCUCAGAGUUUAAAUCAACUAUAUUAUUUAGAAUAAGAGGUUGACCUGUGCUGUUUGAGCCUGCAACACAUUAUAUUUACUGCUAAAAUAUCCUGGAAUACCUUUUAUUGCUCAAAAUAUUCAGAUACGUCACUUCAUGAUAUUGAUAUGCAAUGUAUUUCCAUAGAUAAGAUUAGAACCUUUACCAUGAAACAGAUGACUACAAUAGUAAUUCAGAUUAUUUAGUUUUUAUAAGUGUUUUGUCUGUGAUGGAAAGGGGGAAACUUGGCUGCAAAACUGAGCAUUCAACUUUGUGAGAGUUCUGUGUACUUGACUCAUUCUUUCAGUGUCAUUAUUUUAUUUCUUUUUGAAG